AUGUCAGAGCCCUCCCGGGUGACAUCACAACAGCCCUCCCGGGUGACAUCAUCACAGAAGCCCUCCCAGGGGACGUCGCAGUUUUCCCGGGUGAAAGCGCCACGGACCUCUCCGGUGGUGGCAUCGCAGUUCUCCAGGGUGGUGGCGUCACAGACAUCCCAGGGGACAUCACAGCCUGCCCGUGUGGUGGUGCCACAGCCCUCUCAGGCGACGUCGCAGCCCUCCAGGGUGAGAGCUUCCCUCAUCACGCCACCCGCUCCUCCCAUCCCCACACCCACUCCUCCGGCUCAGCCCUGCUGCCGUCGACUAUCGAACUUAUUGAGCCGGGGCCCCCGCCGGUUGCAGCAGUGCUCCUCUCUCCUGUGGGAGCGCAUCUCAAACCCGGAGAAAAAUCCGUUCCACCUGCCCCGGGCAAAAGUGGCUGCUGAGUCAGCGGGCGGAGCAGAGGGGUCACGGAGCACCGCCAAGCCCCUACCGCCCAUCCAGCCUCCCGCUGCUGCGGCCUCUGGCUCCGCCACCACCCGUGCACAGCCAAAGAGUCAGGUGGCUCCUAAGAGUCGAGCACCGCCACCGAAGGAGAGGAAUCCGCGGGGGGCGCCCCAGGCAGGGACCGGCCCCUUGCCCAACUCCCACCUCUGCGCCUCCCUGCAGCAGCAGCAACACCUGCUACAGCCGCAGCCACCGCAGCAGCCACGGAGGUCGAGCCCGACGCGCACCCGCGGCCGCUCUGUCAGGAACCCAGGUGCGGCGGCGAGUCCGGAGCCGGAGGCUGAGGUCCCCGCGAAACAGUACAACAUCAUCCUCACGACUGAGGCGACCUGGCUGCUGAUGCGCCGCCACCUGGAGAACCAGUGGGGCUGGAUCAAUCCCUUGGGCAGCACCGGGCUCCUGCCGGGCUCCCAGAGCCGGGCCGGCAUGGACCUGACCUCGUUAAUGAAGAUCUCGCUGGUGAACGCACAGAACCGCUAUGACGACGAGGAGUACAAGGAGGAUCCGGCACCAGGGGUCGUGAACCAGGAACUGGUGCAUAGGUGCACGGAGUGGCUGCGCGGGGUGGAGGAAGCGAGGAGAGAGGGCCAGCUGGAAACCGUGCCCUACCCGGAUGACCCCUGA